GUCUCGGUGCAUUUCCCCUCCCGCACCCCGGUCUCUGUGCAUUUCUCCCUCGGUGCAUCGCGAUCCCGUUGCAUUUCCCUCGGUGCAUGCCGCCCCCGUUGCAUUUCCCCAUCCAGCACCGUGAUCCGGGUGCGUUUCCCCUCCUGCAUCCCAAUCUGGGUGCAUUUCCCCUCCUACACCUCACUUUAGGUGCAUUUCCCCUCCUACACCUCAAUCUGGGUGCAUUUCACCUCCUACUACCCCACCUGGGUGCAUUUCCCUCAGUGCAUCGCGAUCUAGCUGCAUUUCCCCAUCCAGCACCAUGACCCGGGUGCAUUUCCCCUCCUGCAUCCCAAUCUGGGUGCAUUUCCCUCAGUGCAUGCUGCCCUCGUUGCAUUUCCCCAGCCAGCAGCUCAUUCUGGGUGCAUUUCCCCUCCUACACCUCAAUCUGGGUGCAUUUCACUUCCUACAACCCCACCUGGGUGCAUUUCCCUCCUACACCCCAAUCUGGGUGCAUUUCCCUCGGUGCAUCGCGAUCUAGUUGCAUUUCCCCAUCCAGCACCAUGACCUGGGUGCAUUUCCCCUCCUGCAUCCCAAUCUGGGUGCAUUUCCCUCGGUGCAUGCUGCCCUCGUCUCAUUUCCCCAGCCAGCAGCUCGUUCUGGGUGCAUUUCCCCUCCAGCACCCCAGUCUUGGGCGCAUUUUGCCUCCACGAUGUGGGUGCUUUUCACCUCCAUGCACCCCAACCCCAUUACAUCUCCCCAUCCAGCACCCCAAUCCAGCUCCAUUUCCCCUCGGUGCACCCUGGCCCCGUUGCAUUUCCCCUCCCACACCCCACUCUGCACACAUUUGGCCUCUGUGCAUAACAAUCCAGGUGCAUUUUCUCUCCACACUCAACAAUGUGGGUUCAUUUCCCAUCCCUGCACCCCACCUCCACUGCAGUUCCCCUCCUGCACCCCAAUUUGGCUGCAUUUCUCCACCCAGCACCCCGUCCCAGGUGCCUUUCUUUUCAGGGUGCCUCCAUCCAAGCACAUUUCCCCUCCUCAGGGAUUUUCCUGUGUGCUUCCUCAGCCUCUCAGCUCUCUCCAUGCCCACCCAGGUUUACGUAUCCAUGAAUACCUGUAUUUCCAAGUGCUGAGCCCUGGAGACAUCCGUUACAUCUUCACUGCCACCCCAGCCAAGGAUUUUGGGGGGGUGUUUAACACAAGGUACGAGCAGAUCCACCUGGUGCCAGCGGAUCCCCCCGAAGCCUGUGGAGAGCUGAAUAAUGGCGUCUUCAUCCAGGACCAGAUCGCCUUGGUGGAGAGGGGGGGCUGCUCGUUCCUGUCGAAGACCCGUGUGGUCCAGGAGCACGGCGGGCGCGCGGUGAUCAUCGCCGACAACGCCUACGACAACGACAGCUUCUACAUCGAGAUGAUCCAGGACAGCACCCGCCGCACGGCCGACAUCCCCGCGCUCUUCCUGCUGGGCAGGGACGGGUACAUGAUCCGACGCUCCCUGGAGCAGCAUGGGCUCCCCUGGGCUGUCAUCUCCAUUCCUGUCAAUGUCACCAGCAUCCCCACCUAUGAAAUGAUGCAGCCCCCCUGGACCUUCUGGUAGCAGCCAGAGGCUGCAGAGGAUCAAGGACUUCUUGGUGGAUCCUAGGAGUUUGCCCCAGGGACAAGGUUUGAGGAGAGUUUCCCACUGUGCUCCAGAGAUGCCACUGCUCAGCCUCCCCAGAUUCAGCAACAGGGAGCUCUUUCUGCUGCCGUGUGUGGCUGAAGGGCAAAGACCAGUGCCCAUGGUGGGAAGCGUGAGCCUGGCACCAAGCACCCUUUGUAGUGACUUUUUAGGAGGGGUUGUGAUGGCCCACAGCAGGCCAGCACUUCCCCAAGAAACAUUUUUAAGAUGCUACCAGUAAUUUGUGCUGCUGAUUGAGAGGGAAUCAGGGUUAUGUGGACAUGGUCUGACAGGGAUGGGAGGGAGAGCAAGAUCCAGGCUUGGUCUGUGCUAACAGGGCUCACCCAUCUCCUGUGUAUUUUUGUCUCAGCUAAUGAAAUCUGAACAAGUUUUAAAGAAA